GCACUUCAGGCGGCGCGCCGCAGCUCCCUCGCGCGGGGGCGGCGCGGGACGCUCGCGAACCAAGCCGAGCGCGCCGGCGAGCCAAGCCUUGCCGAGAUUUCGAGCACCGCCGCAACAAGGUCCUGUGGGCCCUGCAGCCAGCCUCUAUGCCCAGGAAACCCCAACGACCGGACCUGCGCGCGCGCCCAACGGACCCACCGACCCGGGGGCGGCCUCGCCGCCCGAGCAGCCUCGUCUUUGCGGCCGGCCUGUUUCCCUGCGAUGUGCUCCGGCGCGAGCCUUCUGCCGUGGCGAUGUGUGCCCGCCGCUUCCGCGCCUGGCGGGCCCCCUUGCUGCUUUCUUGGCUGCGUGGCCUCGGCCUCGGAUGGAACGCAGCCGGAGCUUCGCGCCAGGCAGUAGGUUGGUGGGAUGCAAGAUUUGCGCCCGCGCGGCCUGCCUUGUUGCGGGCGGGGCCGAAAUUGCCAGCCAGGCAAGCAGGCUUCCCCCGCGCCGAUUAAUCAAUCGCGCGGAGGGGUCGCGGCGUACGUCUGCUGGCUUGUUGUGUCAGUCAGAAGUUGGGGGUGGGGCCCCAUUUUUGUUUUCCCUCGUCGUAGGGGCGAUCGCGCUAGU